AUGGCCACAUUGAAGAAAACCUCAACAAAGGCCAAGGAGCUGGCAAAGGGUCAACGUGGGCAGCAACAUGGCCAUGUCCGAGACCAUGUCAACAUCAACCCACUCAGCAACAUAGCCAUGUUCACAGACCACGUUCAGGGUAACACACCCAGGAACGUGGCCAUGUUCAUAGACCAAGUUGAGGUCAACACACCCUGGAACUUGGCCACGUUGAAGACCACGUCAACAAAAGUCAAGGAGCUUUCAAAGUGUCAACAUGGAUAA